UCAGCUCCAGCCAAUUAGGACAGUCCGAAACUUUAGCUAAUUAGUGGAGGGCGACAGUGAGAGCUCGCACACACACACACACACACACACACAAGUGCGCGGAGGCGUGCGCGCGGCUGUAAAGGACCGGAGCUCUCUCUCUCUUUUAAACCCGCGACACGCCUCCGGCAUCAGCGGGUCGCUGUACAGAUGUGAUGAAGGUGUUCACACUCAUACACACACACACACACACACUUGGGGCCGUCGCUCUCCCUCCCACUCCGUUAUCGUUCUCCGUGUUUUAUGUCUGCGUCACAACAAGUCGCAAGACAGGGAGAGGCGGAGAUGAUGGCGUCUCUGGCGGGCCACGGCGGCUCUGACAGCGGCGGCGUUUAACACCGUCAGCGGGGGACAAAAAAAAAAAAGAAAAGAAAAGAAAAAAAAGAAAAAAAACCCACGCAUGGGAACAUGACGGAACGGGGCUCGCGCAGGACGGCCGGCGGCGACACCCACGGACGGAGCAAGAAGCGCGCGACCGGUCACUGACCGACACCGACGCGUCCACGUUUUCUUUUUUUUUUCUCGGUAAUUUUUUAUUUUAUUUUUUGCACACGCGCGCGCACGCCCGCAAGCACGCGCGCGCGCGCACGUGUGCGUGUGCCCUGUGCGUGUGCCUCCAUCCUAUCAAUCCCGUACCCGCCGCCGACACGGUAAUUGCGAGGCGCGGCGGAGAAAGAAAAAAAAAAGAAAAGAAAAAAAAAACCCCAGCGGGAAAAAGGUCGGACGUUUCCGUGUCAAGCUCGCGCGCCGGGCUCGGUGACCCACGCGCGACUUUCCAGGAUGGGUGUAGUCACUGAAGGAGAAGACGUCUUAGCGCGAUGGAGCGACGGACUUCUAUAUCUCGGCAACGUCAAAAGAGUAGACGUCGUGAAACAGUGCUGCUUGGUCAGGUUCGAGGAUAAUUCCGAGUUCUGGGUCCUCAGGAAAGACAUUCAGUCAUUCUCAGCGAGUGGAGAGGAAGUGUGUUGUGUCUGUGACGGCCCUCCUCUGAAAGAACCUCUCAUAACGUGUCUGAAAUGCCGCCAUAGUUAUCAUGCUCAGUGUCACACUCCGGCCAUCGACCCCGAGGUGGACUGCGACUCGUGGAUCUGCCGCCAGUGCGUCUUCGCCGUCGCUACCAAGAGGGGCGGAGCCUUAAAACGAGGGCGUUUCGCUCGACUCAUGCAACUGAUGAAGUCGAGGUUGCCCUACCAGCUUUCCACUCUGGACUGGGAUGCUCAGCAUCUGACCAAUCAGCAACAGUGUUACUGCUACUGCGCUGGACCUGGAGAGUGGAACUUGAAGAUGUUGCAGUGUGGUGGUUGUGGCCAGUGGUUUCAUGAAGCCUGCACUCAGUGCCUGACCAAACCUCUGCUAUAUGGAGACAGGUUUUAUCACUUCCAGUGUUCGGUGUGUACGAAUGGACCUGAGACCAUUCAGAGACUUCCUAUGACCUGGGUAGAUUUGGCCCAUUUGGUGUUGUAUCAUCUGUCGCUGUGCUGCAAGAGAAAAUACUUCGAUUUCGAUCAUGAAAUUAUGGCCUUCACCAAUGAGAACUGGGAUUCUUUGCUGUUAGGAACGUUGUCAGAAACUCCGAAGCAGGAUCGCUGCCACAAUCUGCUCAAUGCGUUAAACUCCCACAAGGACAGGUUCGUCUCGGGGAAAGAGAUCAAGAAGAAGAAGUGUCUUUUCGGGCUUCAGGUUCGAGCUCCGCCCCCACUGUCAUCCGAUUCCUCACCCCUCAUCACCGAGCAGCCCAUCAACAUCACGCACCGCAAAAGCCCGCUGUCACUGCCAUGCCAGAGACGAACCGCAGCCUCGGAGUCUCGCAAAUCAAAACGGCGCAUCGUCGAGACACUUCAGCAGCCGUGUCCUCCUGCUAACCAGUUAAACCUGGUGCCGUGUUGUCACGGGUGUGUGAACGGUGCAAACGUGUACAACUCUCGAAAAUCCGAGGAGGAGUUAGCACUGGGGUCUCCCCCUAAGAGAAUGCUGCCUCUGUAUCACCCAUCGUAUAACGGAUCUCAGGGUCUGCCUCGAACUCUGCACCACUACAGUGCCGAGGACCCGUGUCGACUUCCUGCUCCCUGUCUCCCUUUCUCCAUGUCGUCCCCUCACCCGCCAGGGCAGAGGUUUGAGCAAUGCCCAUCUCUGUUCCUGCACGAUGUCGCCCCCUACCCCAACGGAGUGAACUUGGAAGGGCACAUGGCGAAUCGAGGCUGGGGUGGAGGCGAGGCGGUGAGGAUCCUGGCCAGACGUGUCACGCCGGACGGAAAGGUCCAGUACCUGGUGGAGUGGGGAAACGUCCGAGUUUAUUAAAAAAAAAGUGAAAAGACGAAACUGCAGACGUUCACAUCACAGCAGACAAACAACAUGAAUCCGUGCAGAUGACGACUCGGCUCUGUGGGAUCGUUAGAAAUCAUCCCUCGCUCCUUUCCACGACGUCUCCUGUACUUCGAAUACUGUUAGAAAACACCUUUAGAAUGCCUUGGACUUUACUAUCCUGAUUUGUACCAUAUAUAUAAUAUAAUAGAGUAUAAUAGAAAUAUUCAUCUUAUUUACACGUCUGAAUUACAGGAUUUCUUUUAAGACAGAAAUUCAUGGAAGGUCGUAUGAAUGACACCAGAGUCCAAUACGAAAGGCAAAAGUACAAUAAACUCUCAUGUUAAAAGUUAUAAUGAUUUACCUCGUAUUAUGCAAAUUUAAUUUUAUACAACUGAUGAUGAUGAUGAUGAUGAUGAAGAGUUCAUUUUGCACAUCUAGAGAUCAUCUGAAACGUCCUGUAGCACUUGUCUUUUAUUCCCUUUUUAUUCAAAAUAUAUUAUUUUGGUGUUGAAUGUGUAUAAAAGGUUUAUUUGAGUGCAUUAUAUUUUGGUCCAGAGGGAGAAUCAGAUUUACAGAAACUUUUACAUUUUAAAAUGCACAAAAAGUUUAGAGGAGGAAUUAAUUAUUUCAAACAUCGCAGAAGUGUUUGCUCAAAACAUUUACACCAUUUAUUGCUUGUUUUUUUUUAAAAUAUCUACAGAAGUAAAGUGUGUAUGGAAAUAAGAGAAUCGGAUUUCAAACCAUUUUAUUAAAUUAUUUAAUUUAAUUAUUAUUUAAUUGUCAUUUAAAUUCAGUUUCCAACAUCGAUGAAGUAGCUUUAUAUAGUUUCUUUUUUUUUUUUGUAUUGGAUCAUUAAAGUGGUUAUAAAAAGGUAAUUCAAUUGUUUUUGUUUUUUUUAAUUUAAAGUAAUUUAUAAUAAUUUGAUUUAAUUUAUGUAUAAUUUAGGUGGCUAUAUAUAGUUAAUACUACUAUAUAUAACUUUUGUAUUUUUUAUUUGCAUUUUUUUAAAGUUCAGUGAGGGCAUUAUUUGAGUAGCGGUAUAUAUUUAAUAUUUAUUUGUUAUUUAAACUCUAUAUAU